UCUGUGACUUAAAAUUCUGAUUAUUCUGUUCCUUUUCCGUCGUUGUAGCAAAUUAUGACCAGAGGUUUGAUCUCUCAGCUCCGCAGUUGUCAGAAAUCCCUAUUUUUGAACAGACACCGGUCUAGCAUUUCGAACUAUGGGAGACAAAGAUACGUCUUAACACGAAGUAUUCGUUCUUUCAACUUUCCUCCGUUCAUCUCGAACCCAUGGAUAAAAGCGAUAAACAGGGAGCAUGUACCAAGGAGAUUUUCCAGCCAGAAAAUCCCAGAACAACACUCAAAACAGGAUCGGAUUCCUGCAGAUGCUGCACCUCAUCACUAUCACACUACCACGAUAUUACAGAGACUGCAAGAGUUAGAGGAGGCAUUUCGCGUCAGGGGACACUCUGUAUUGAGAUGGGGAUUGAGUGCUGUUAUUGUGUCUGGGUUCGUUAUUUACAUUUUUCGUGAACAGUUAAAAGAAAACGUCGCUGAUGAAGUGGCGGACGUCGCCAGCAGAUCACUGGGUAUGUAAGGUCAACAACAAAAUAGAUUACUGCAGCGGGGGAAGGGACGGGGCCGGGAAUGUCAUGUGUUUGGGUAGCGUUACGUUUUGCGAACAAAAGAAUAGAAAACGUUGUUCCACGCGUAAAAAAGACCAACGGAGGCCGUUGUUUUCUUGUAGCAGCUAGAAAAAAAAACAGCUUAAACCAGCUAAAUGAAUGAUAUAGAUAUUUUCGGAAAGGUCACGUGUUCACUGCCUCCUUUCUAAUGGUUCAUCCUAUGACAGGCCAUGUUACAUGAUUCAAACAGCCCCUGGAAUUUUCACAUUAUGGCAUAUUAUUAUUCACUGCCACAGCUAUAUUUAAUUUCCAUUCCAAGGCUGUACUUUUAGAAAAUAUGAAGGGAGCUCAGUGCUCUGAACCUGUGAAAUCCAGGGUGACCAGCAUGCGAUUCCUAUGAGAAAACCAAGAUUUUCUAGUUGCGUGGUAGCAAAAGUUAGGUCAAAGGGGCCACCAGAGGCCACAAGAUCACAGCCAGGGAGGGCUAUGCCUGACAUGGGGUGACUGUAAGCAUUAGCAUAGCAUUAGGAUUAGCACUGAUAAUAUUAUUGUUACUAUGAUUAUUUAGUCACUAAUGCUUAUGAUAAAAAUGAGGUAUAUAAGCUUAUGCUUAGCUUAUAUUUCAUAUGUGAUCUUCAUUUCCAAAGACAGUGUUAAAUAAGCAGGAGCACAAGCAACAAAAAUGUUGAACUCUUAGUUGAGGAGGGGGGGGAGGGGGAGCAAGGGGGGUCUCGUCACGAGAGAAAUUGCUUAUUUUGCACUACACAAGUCACAAAACAAAUAGUGUAAUUACUGACCUUUGAUCUCGGCCACAUGUUAGGGUGAUCUCUGGCUAUAAAUUCCCUAGGGAAGCCAGCUGUAGGUGGGUCUGAAGUGUGAAGUUACAUCAGACUCAAAAGUGAAGUUAAAUCGCCACCAGAUAAGGUCGUUUGGUCAAAUUAACACUUUUUAUUUUUUCAAUUGAUCUUCAAUUGUACAGAAUCAACGAUUUGGGCAGUUUGUGUUUCAUGGAGUGCACUUCAAUCAUGAUUCACAGAUCAGUUUUAGCAGUACAUCACAGUUCACAGACCCCAACAAUGGUCGAUCACGGCAUCAUGAAAAUAAGCUCCCCCCCCCUCCCCUUUGUUAUUCUUACACUCCAAAAUAUGUAACCUGAGAAAACAGCUAACAUUUUGCGAUGCCACUACUGGUUUCCGCAAAUGAGAAAUAUGCUUUAUCCACUCAGAAGCACUUCCCAAAUCUGAAUUUCUCUGCUUGUUCCUUUGUCUCUAUUUUGCCAGGAAACCAGUGACAUCACAUGUCAGGCUAAAACACAUUUAGCACCAUUUUUUUAUGCCUCUGAAGUUACAUAUACUUAUUGCAAGUGAGAACAUCCUUGUGCUUGAGAUUGUAUCAUUAAUUGACCCAGGCUUUGCAUGACAAAGUCUUCAUCAGAGAAGAAGGUUCACGAUAAAAUUGCUUGUGUCAUCAGAAGUUAAUGCCACACCCUUCAAGUGUUUAGCUGCUUUUGCACAGACAAUGCUAGGGCAAAUGAGAUCGGAAAAAAGGUACGGAAAAGACUGAACACGACUUCCGGUGCUCUUUCUUCCACUCUGCCAUUGGUCAAGAUGGUUUGUCUCCAGGGUCUUGUCGUUUUCCAAUAUGGUGAGUGGAAAGCGGCAACACCUUGGGGACGAGGUUGGUCUGCGCUCUUGCUCGUCACUGUCGUAAAUGUCGUUGUUGUGGAACAGAAAUGUUAUGAGGGUUUACAUCAUUAUGGGGAUUUUAGUGACUGUUAUUAACGGGUCAAAAAUAGCAAGAAAAUUACUGCGUUUCUUCUUACCUUGUCUUUCUUAAUUUCUUUCUUCUUUCUUAAUUUGUAUUUUAAUUUAAUUUUUCCAUGUAGCUGAUGAGAACGUCAUACAAAAGGCCGAUGAAGUCACGCGAGCAGUCCUUCAAGACGUUCUUCGUGACCUGGAAAUCACAAAGCUGGCCAGUGCGUUUGUGAUGGAAGUACUUAACAGAGAAGACGUAAGAAAUGCGGCCAUACAGUUGACUCAACACGUACUCAGCGAUCCGUCAACAGAAAAAAAGAUCGCGGAACUUGCUAAGAACACGCUUUCGGAUCUGUUAACGAAUGACGAAACCCGAGUGUUGUUGCUUAGUUACAUUAAAUCACUGAUUUUAGACCAGGACACAAAAGAUGCGUGCAAAGUGCUUCUAGAAGAUCUGGUCAAGGACCCUGAAGUCAAAGGCUUCAUGGCGGCUUCUCUGGGCGAACUUGUUACUUCUUCUGUUGUGAAAAGCAGCGCAGCCGAAUUGGGCAAAAGUGUAACGCAUGAAGUUGUCAACGAUGUGAAAAUUCAGCAGGAAACUGGAAACUUUCUGUGGGGUACUGUGAAGAAAACGCUCACUCCUGGAUGGUUUGGUUAG